AAGGCCCGGGAGAGGGAGGGGGCGGUACGACGGCGCCCUCCCGCCCUCGCCUCCUCCCGGCCAGAGGCUGGAAGGCGGGGCCUGCGAGGGGAGGAGAGAGAGGGAGAGCGCAGGCCCUUCCAGCGAGCGGUGCGAGCGUCCGGGCUAGGAUGCUCUUGGUAUCGCCCUGCGGGGGCAGCAGCUGCAGCAGUAGCAGAAGCCGUGCCAGGGACUAACCCGCCGCUUCGCUCCCUGCCGCAGCCGCGCUAGCGCCCGACGUGUUGCUGCCUGAGAGACAGCCAGCCAGCAGGGCUGCUUGCUUUUACUGGCCCCUCCUUUCCCGCCGUCUCUUCCUUUCCCUCCCCUGCCCGUUGGCGGCUCCGGGGCACUGACCCUCGCCGUCCUCUUCCUCCUCUUCCUCCUGGGUUGCUCCUCGGCGGCUCCCAUGGCGGCCCCGGGUAAUAUCGUGUCCGUUAUGGCGAGUAAGACCAAGACCAAGAAGAAGCACUUCGUGGCCCAGAAAGUCAAGCUCUUCCGGGCCAGCGAUCCGCUGCUCAGCGUCCUCAUGUGGGGAGUGAACCAUUCGAUCAAUGAACUGAGCCAUGUUCAAAUCCCUAUUAUGCUGAUGCCAGAUGACUUCAAAGCAUAUUCAAAGAUAAAAGUGGACAACCACCUUUUCAAUAAAGAAAACAUGCCAAGCCAUUUCAAAUUCAAAGAAUAUUGUCCAAUGGUUUUUCGUAAUCUGCGAGAGAGGUUUGGAAUUGAUGAUCAAGACUUUCAGAAUUCUCUUACAAGAAGUUGUCCACUUGCUAAUGAUUCUGCAGCUCGGAGUGGUGCCCGAUUCCACAGCUCUUAUGACAAAAGAUAUGUCAUCAAAACUAUAACAAGUGAAGAUGUAGCAGAAAUGCACAAUAUAUUGAAGAAAUACCACCAGUUUAUAGUGGAAUGUCAUGGAAACACACUACUUCCACAAUUUUUGGGCAUGUACCGGCUUACUGUUGAUGGAAUUGAAGUGUACAUGAUUGUUACAAGAAACGUAUUCAGCCAUCGUUUAUCUGUUUAUAGAAAAUAUGAUUUAAAGGGCUCAACAGUAGCAAGAGAAGCUAGUGACAAAGAAAAGGCCAAAGAACUGCCAACAUUUAAAGACAAUGACUUCAUUAAUGAUGGUCAAAAAAUUUACAUUAAUGAAGCCAACAAAAAGAUGUUCCUUGAAAAGCUUAAAAAGGAUGUUGAGUUCCUUGCUCAAUUAAAACUCAUGGAUUACAGCUUGCUGGUUGGAAUUCAUGAUGUUGAACGAGCUGAGCAAGAGGAAGUAGAAUGUGAAGAGAAUGAGGAAGAGGAAGGAGAAAGUGAUGGGACUCACCCAGUUGGAACACCUCCAGAUAGCCCAGGAAAUACACUGAACAGUUUGCAGCCUUUAGCCCCAGGAGAAUUUGAUCCAACCAUUGAUGUUUAUGGUAUAAAAUGCCAUGAAAAUGCAGCUAGAAAAGAGGUAUACUUCAUGGCUAUUAUUGACAUUCUUACUCAUUAUGACGCCAAAAAGAAGGCUGCCCAUGCCGCAAAAACUGUGAAACACGGGGCUGGUGCAGAGAUUUCAACAGUUAAUCCUGAACAGUAUUCAAAACGGUUCUUGGACUUUAUUGCCAACAUCUUAACGUAACCUAAUGCUCUUUUGGACUGUAUAAGGUCUGGAAGAAGCAGCAAAUUGCUACAAGUGUGUAAAGGGUCUUUAAGAAAGCUUCUUUUAAAAGGAACUCGUUCUCUCUCUUGCAGAAAGCAGCCCCCACCCCACCCCUCCCAUUUACAUCUGCUGGCAAAGAUGACUUACUGGGGUGAAAUAUUUGCUUUUACAGCUGCCUGAUUAUGCCCAGCAUAGUUUUAGCUAUUUCUGACAUGUAUGUGUGUGUGAGACUGUAUGUGUGUAUGAGUGUGCAAAAAUGGAUAUAAAUUAACUAAUAAUAACUAAAAUAGAUCAGCUCCUACUCAAUGUGCAUUGCAACAACACCUCUCUGUGGAUAUUAGCUGAAAUAGAAUGAAUGCGAAAAAGAUAUUGUGGAAAGGGAAGGAAAAUCUAUGUGCAUGUUGGAACCUACAAUAUUGGAAUCAAAGCUGUAAACUGUGGAUCAGUUUAAAAUUUGAACUGAAAGAUGCAAGAUAAUAUAGGUGGUAAUUAUGACUCUGAUCUUAUUGUGAAUGUUACACUUAACAACCCUGCAUGUUUGCACUCCUUAAGAAUAACCCCCAUUUGCUGGAAGCUUUUCCUCUUGGCAGUUUUUUUUAAACCUAUAUUACUAAGUAAGCCCAUUGCAACAGGAAAGAGUCUUCCAGCAACACAGAAGUUUGGCUCUUGUUUUAUUAAAUUCUGAUGCCAUAAUCAUUCUGUGUAUUUGCCAAGGGCAAAACUCAUUUUGAGAAUCAGGGUGGGAAAAAUAUAGACUGUUUAAUUGUCUUGUAACAUGGAGAUUUUGCAUUGUAUGUUUAUCAUAUAGAAACUGAGUAUAGUAUAAAGAAAUUCAAAUAUGCUUUUUAGAAAAAUUAAUUGUUAGGGGCAAUAAUGGCAUUUUCCCCACAUGAACAAAGAUGUAGAAAGGUUUGCUCAUCUGUAAGAGGUCAAAAGAAGACAUUAAAUGCUUAUAUGUGCUGUUUUUAAAAUAUUUUAUUAAAAUAUUCUUUUCUAAGCCCUAUAUUUUAUUGUUUACAUUGGAAGGAAAACAGGGAUGCUCUUGAGUUUGCUAGAGAAUCUGAAGUUUACAUGUAAAGUUACUUUGCAGUACAGAUAAAGUAAUUUCUUGAAUUGUAACAUGCAGUAAUGUAUCAGAGCAUAUAUUUUAUUCACCCUUGUGAUAGAAUCUUUUUUUACAACAGUGACAGACUGUUUUGAAGUAUUUUAAAUGCUAUUUUAAUUAUAUUAAUUUAGCUCUGGGUCUCUCUAAAUUAUAUUGUUUAAAUGAUUGCCUAAAACUCUGCUGUUCCCUACAAUCUGCUGGUUUUUAUUUUUGGAGGUUUUGAAAAGGACAGAAUUAGAGAUGCUUAAAAUUAUAUUCUGUAUGUAUGACCUGUACGAAAACAAUGUGCCUUUUAAAAUUCUUUGUUUAAGUAGACAUUCGUAGGCAAGUUUUAAGAAGAAAUAACACCCUGCAAUUUAUAAUUUUAUUCCUGGAGUGCCAGAUUGCCUUCUCUAUUAAUAUAAUGACAGUAGAGUUACAAAUUCGGAACACGUAACAUUAACUAGAAUAUUCUGGUAAAAUAACAACUGGUCUUGCCCCCCCCCCAAUAAUAAUGCUUCAAAAAUUAAUAGGUU